UUAGGUGGGAAGUACGUACGAUUUAACUUGAUUCAACCAUGUGUGGUCCAUAAAUUUCAACAUGAAUUAUAUAUCGUUAAUAAUAUUUAUUCUUUUGUUUUCUUUAAGUACCUCUGAUGAAAUUUCGCUUGGAAACUCAAAAAUUAAUUACGAAAAACUGUAUAAAGUCGGCGUUGAUGCAUAUCUUGAAAACCGGUGGAGAGAUUGUGCGAUUUUAAUAGAAAAAUCUAUUGACGAUUACAUCUACUAUAAUACUAUUAUAAUUCGAUGUCGGAAAAAGUGCCAAACGAGUAGCUCCGAUCUAUUUUUCAAUGAAACUGAUUCAUCUGUUGAUUUAUGGCAUUUGCAAACUUUAGUUACUGAUAGAGCUCUUUGCCUUAUGAGAUGUCAUAAUAUGUACUUCCCAAAUCGCCCCAAAACUUCCAAAGAAACUGAUGACCUGUUUGAGAAGAAAGUUCCAUACAAUUAUUUACAGUUAUGUUAUUUUAAGAUUGAAGAACAUGAAAAAGCUGCAUCUUGUGCUUAUACAUUUCUUAUACAUAAUCCUGGUCAUGAAGUUAUGCAGGCCAAUCUUCAAUAUUACAUGGCACUUCCUGAUAUGAAAGUAGAAAAUGUUAAAUACUUGGAACCCAAAAAUUAUCAGGAUCUGUUUUUAAAAGGAGCUCAGCUUUAUAUGGAAGGUGAAUAUAAUGAUUCAAUUGAAGUCAUGGAAAUGUCUCUUAGAGAAUACUUAGCUGCUGAGGAAGAGUGCCGUCUUAACUGCGAAGGACCUUUGCCACAAAUAUCUAAUGAAGAACUGUAUAUAGCUAUUACUAAUCACUUCACUUAUGCCUUACGUUGUAAAUUGAGAUGUCCUGAAAAGUUGUCUUAUAUGUAUGGUCAGAAGCAUGAUCAGCUCUUCACAAUGCAUUAUCACUAUUUGCAGUUUAAUUACUACAAAGUUGGAAAACUGAAGGAAGCAUGUUCUGCUGUUGCAUCAUAUCUUCUUUUCUAUCCAAAUGAUGAAACUAUGCAUGCAAAUAAGGAAUACUAUUCCAAACAACCUGGUGUUUUAGAGGAAUGGUUCACCCCAAGAAAGGAAGUAAUAGAGUAUCAUUGGCUACAUGAGCGAGAAAUCAAGUUGCUGAAAGCAAUUGAACAUCACUUUCAAUUCAAAACUGAAAAUCAGUCAGUGUCACAGUCACUUAUGCCACCUCCUGGAUCUAAAAAGACUUCUGUUGAAAGAAGAAAACUAGGUAAAUCAAGGGAAAAACUAACAAAAGCAGAAUCAUCUGAGUGGUUUAAAAAAUAUGGAAUCUCUCCCUUGAUGAAUGAGAAUAAUUUAAAUGGAACAAAACGAGUUACAUUGUCAAAUUUGGCUUCCAAGGAAGAAUGCCAAAAAUUAUUGAAUCUUGCAAUGGAAGGAGCUGUGCAUGGCGAUGGCUACAAUGGUCGAGAGUCACCACAUACUGAAUUUGAAAUGUUUGAAGGCUUAACAGUAGCAAGAGCAGCUUUGCUGGCUCAUCGAGGUCUUUUAAAUCCAGCAGAAGCUCAAUUGUUCCUCAACAUUAGUGAAAAGGCUCGACAAGCAGUUGAAGUAUAUUUUAAUUUAGAAACUGAAUUGUUUUUUUCAUACACGCAUCUUGUCUGCCGAACUGCCUUACCUGAUUCUCCUGACAUCAGAGAUGAUCUAAGUCAUCCUAUCCAUGCUGAUAACUGUGUUCUAAUGUCAAAUGGUAAAUGUCUGAAAGAAAAACCAGCCUAUACUUGGAGAGAUUACAGCUCUAUUGUUUACCUGAAUGAUGAUUUUGAAGGCGGAGAAUUUAUAUUUGCAAAGGAAAAGAAUAAUGUUGAAGCUUCUAUCAAGCCUUCAUGUGGACUGAUGGUCGCAUUCUCAGCUGGCAAAGAAAAUUUACAUGGUGUUAAAGCUGUUCGUAAAGGACGGAGAUGUGCUUUGGCUAUGUGGUACACUUUAGACUCUGAACAAAGAGAAAAAGAGCGAGAUUUUGCUGAAGUUGUAUUAGAUGAUUUGUGGAAAAAACGAGAGCUUGCAAAUCGCACUACCAGUGAAAGCAAUAUUUCGAAAUCCACUUUAAACAAAUUUGCAGAGCUUGCUAAAAAAGGGAAUGACAUGCACAAUCACUCUGAACUAUAACAUUAUUUGUAAGUAAAGCAAACAUUGUUUUGCUUUUGAGUGGAACAAUUUUUGGACAUUAUAUUUCUUUAUUAUUUUUUGCUUUAUUAAAAAAUGAGCUUUAUGGUCAUUGCAAGUUAAAUUGACUUACUUGCAGGCCAUGCAUAUAUAAAUGAACCCAUGUCUUAAUGAGGUUCAUCUUGGCCUUGAUGCACAAUAGCUAGUAUUGCUAACCUUCACACUGCCAACAAGCUUUAACAAAAGGCCAAAAAUUGUGAAUAGUUUUGUUGAGCAGCUCAGGAAACUUAAUGGGAAUUUAAAUGUUUCUCAUUAAAAAAAAAUGCAGCAUUUAUCUCUCUACUUAAAGAAACAUUUUUAAAUAUUUGUAUAUGUCAUUUCCUCUCUCUCUCUCUCUUUUUAAAUAUUCCCCAUUUAAAAUAUAAUUUGAAGCAUUGCAUGUCUUUAUUUGUAUGUUGCAUUUAUAGUGUUUUUAAUUGUGUUAGACUAUAAGAUUUUAAAAUUGCUUAUAAAGCAGCGAGAAGUGAGAACAUUUUUUUACGAUUUUUUUUAAACAAUAUAAUCUGUCUCCUAUGAUUAGAAUUUUUAGUAAUCUCAAGUAUUGUGCAAUGAAAUCAAAUUUCACCAAAUAAUUUAUUAUUUUAGAGGGAAAAAACUAGUCACUAUUCACAAGCAAUUCAUUGCUAGACAGCAUUUAUUUUAGAUACUCAAUUCCAAUUAAUUUUAUUUAUAUGUAAACUUAAUAUGAUUGUAUUUCAUCACUGGAUAAUGAAGCAAAAUAUGAAUUUUCCAUCUAAUGCAUUUUUAUGCUAUUAACACAUUGUUGUACUAACACAUUGUUCAUAAGAGUUAGAACAAAAAGAAAGAAAUUGGUGAAACUCAAAGUACUUCUAUUAUUCCUUUAAUAAUGGGUAUAAUUAGAAAGAAAACGUUCAUUAAAAAAACUGAAUAUUUAUUAUGCUUGUUUUACUUGGUGAUUUUCAGAUUUUUGCCAAGAUUGCAUGUGUAAAUACAACCAUCUUGGCAAUAUUUCUCAUUUAUUAGUGACUAGCCGCCUUUGGCGACCAGCCGGUUCGCCAAUCUUAAUGUUCGUUUAAAUUUUAAUAAUUAAAUAGGUUGAACCGGAGUUUAACCCCCUUCUUCGCCAAGUUGCGAUAACGCUCCAAAGCUGGCAAUCUUUAUUAUGCACUAUAAUUGAACAUCUGCUCCUUUGCUUUUGAACAUUUCGCAAGGUCGUUGUUGGCGAUUUUUAAAAAUUGCUCCAAGCAGGAGGUUAAACUCCGGUCGUACCAUUAAAUAUUUCACGCAAUUCCAACUUUAAUAGAUUCUUCGGCAAAAUAUUUUAAAACUUCAAAUUUUGAUAGUCAUAUAAUUCACUCAUAAUAUUAUAAGGGCCUUCAGUCAUAGCCUGAUAUGUAUCUAUCUAAUUUUCUGUUAUCCCUUGUAGAAAUUAUGCUUUAAAUUAAAGAGUAAAUGAUUAAUCUGCAAUUAAUAUAAUAACAUUUUUUACUGAAACAAAGCAUUUUUUUAAUACUAUGAUUACUGAUAAUAGAGUCACUGAGCGUUUAGACUUUAUGGGCACUAAAGAAUAUCUUUCUUAAUUUAUGUAAUAUCUCAAGAAUUUGUCAACAAAAAUUUCUCAGAUUCAUCAUGAACAGAUCGAUUCAUUAACAAUGUUUAAUUUUAAAUGCAUCAAACACUAAAAAAAAUAAAAUGAAUCGUUUAAAAUAAUCGGUCGAAAACAGGUUUAAAAAAAUACUUAAAAAACGAUGUACUUAAAACUAUAAGCAUAUACAAAAAAUAUAUAACUAACAUAAAUACAAUUUACUUAAAAAAGCAUGCAAUAACCUAAAAAUAAUUUAAAUCAUCCGUUGGUUGCCAUGUCAACAGUCAGAAAACAAUGCGCAUGCGUGAAUUUUCUUCGCCAUUUACGUUAACGCAAGUGCGUGAAUUUUUCUACGCCAGUUGGGGUAACGCUAUACAGAUUAUGCAUUUUUAAUUUCCUUUAUUCUGUGUUAUUUUAAUUCAAAAGUACUUCAGAAUAAAUGUGAAACAUGGAUUAAUUAACAAUGUUUAAUUUUAAAUGCAUAAAACAUUAAGAAAAUAAACAGAAUCGUUUGAAAUAAUCCGCCGAAUAAUGUUAACCCUAGCCUCAAUUCUGUUGGGAGAAAAAUAUAACUGAAAGUUGGCGGUGGGGAAAAUGGAAGAUUUUUUUGGCGGGAAAGUUAGUUUUUAACUAAUAAUUAAAAUUCUAAUUAAAAUUUCAAAAACAGGGAGCACAGGUGCACAUUCCCGACCUCUAAGGUAUACAUGUACCAAAUUUGAUAGCUGUAUGUCAAAUGACCUGACCUGUAGAGCGCCAACACACACACACACACACACACACAUUGAGCUUUAUUAUAAGUAUAGAUAAAAUCUAAAGCCUGUAAAUAUCAACAAUAUCAAAAAAUGUAAUAAUCAUAAAAUAUAAUCCUUUCAAUUAUUCUUUUAUUACUUUUUAUUGCCAGUGGUUCAAAAUUAAUUUAAAAUUAAUUUCUAGCUUUUAUUCUAAUAUUGAAUCUAUAAUCAACUAUAUCUCUAGCUAUGUUUUAGAGAACAAAUGUUUUCAAUUAAAUUUUAAUUUCAUUAAAAAAAUUAGUAAUUGUUACAUGACUUAAAUACUUUAGUUUAGUCAUGAAGC